AUGGGGCAUUCUCCAUAUAUGAAAUUAGUUGUCGUGAUAAAAUGUUUAUGCAAGAGUACGAAAACUGAUAGUGUUGAUGAUUACACUCGUAUGGGUGCCACCACAAUAUACUAUUAUCUAAAAAGAUUUUGCCACACUGUUUGCAUGACUUUUGGAGAAAGAUAUUUGCGUCAACCCACUCCUGAAGAUGUUCAGAGGUUGUUAGAUGAGAAUGCGGAAAGAGGAUUUCCAGGAAUGCUUGGUAGUGUUGAUUGUAUGCAGUGGCCAUGGAAGAAUUUUCCGGUAGCUUGGCGAGGAGUUUACCAGGGUAAAGAGAAAGAGAGUACUAUGGUAUUAGAGGAGGUGUCAUCAUAUGAUUUGUGGUUUUGGCAUGUUUUUUUUGGAAUGCCGGGAUCAAACAACGAUUUGAAUGUGUUGGCACACUCACACCUUUUCGAUAACAUGCUAAAGGGUGUAGCACCUCCAUGUAAUUAUGUCAUCAACGGUCACCAAUACAAUAUGGGUUAUUUCUUAGCCGAUGGUAUCUAUCCAAAGUUGACUACAAUUGUACAAGCUUUCAAGUCAGACAUUGGAUAUUCUAGAGUAUGUGAGAUUCAAGUAUCAAAUGGAUAA